CCCCCUCUGCCCCCCACUUCAGGUAAGAGGCAGGUAGUGGGGGGAGGAGGGGAAGCAUUGAUAUAAGAUAUCACACACACAUACACACAAGUAUCAAAGAGUUAUCAGGUGAAAUCCAAGGAUGUAAAUUUGGCUUAUUUAAGGCUACGACAGGACAAACUUCAGUGUUCAUUGAUGUACAUUCUUGUGUUUUCCUCAUGAAUUGAUGUACUGAUACUGAAAAUGGGUAAAGUGCCCUAUAGUUGUGAUUAGAUUUGGCCUAGUGCCAGUUUUACUGGUUUUGUUUGGCUAAGGACUAAAUCAACACCAAGAAAUAACAGACAUAAUAUCAGCAUCAUCAAUCCUCCACAAGCAAUCAUCAACACAGAAUCGAUACAUACGUCAUGUAACAUAGAGACAACUCCCUUGUUGUGAAUUUUAACAUCAACAAUAGAGUCAAACUGCAUUUUGGGGAAGUUGAAAAUUGUGUGAAAUUUUUCUUGAAAAUGGAUGUAAUCAUGAAUCUGAGAACAUGAGAUCUUUCGGAUUACUUCUGGAACUACUUUGGACAGUUUAAUUUUCAUUUCCAGUCAUCAGUCCAUUAUUUAUUUACUGCAGCUGAGACACACAUUAACUUCUCGAACCGAAAUUAUUUAUUGCAAUCCAAACACCACUUAUCAGGAUAGAAAACAUUAAUGUCGUAUUAUAUCAUAUAUAUUCCUACAGCUGAGCAAAGUAAACACAUGAGGCCAUAAUCAUAAAAUCAUUAGUAGCCUACUAAUCUUGGAUCAGGUUACAUGAAGACAAUAUAAAUGUCACUUUGAUUCAAGAUAUGCUAUAAAACUUUAUCACACGUUAAACUCUGUCACUUUCCUCCACACACAUGAGGAAAGGCAUUAAAACCAAUGGUUGCACUGUGCUGUUUUAACAGUGCAUGGUGCUGAAGUUAACUAACCUUCCAGAAAGGAAAUUUUAAUGUAUGAACUCUAACACUGUUUUAAUCCCUCAACUUUAGCCUUUUUGACCAACGGCUUUUCUUCACAAACACAAAUAUGGCAGUCUAACAGAAAUGGUGUGUGGAUGCCAUUUUUUUCCCUUUUCUUCUUAAAUGAAUUAAAAGAAUGGGUAAUAAUAAUAGAGAAGGUUGGUUUGAUUAUGUCAGAUUUAUCACAGUUUAGUUUGAAAUUGGCUUGCAUCCAUGAUUCAAUUUCAGUGAGGCGGUUGGUGGAGAGUGGAGAGCUGCAGUGGGAAAAAAUAAUAAAUAUAUAUAGGAGUGCAUUUCCACUGUUGGUUAACGCCCCCCCAAUGAAAAAUCCUGCAAUAACGGACCAUAGUAACGGACCCAUGGUUGGACCUUGCUGGUCGUUACACGUCAGUCCAGCAAGGGCGAGGAGCGUCACGUUGCUAUGGCGACAAUACUACAAAGAUGUCUACAGCGGUGGCAAAAGAAGAAAGACAGAAGAGACGUACUCUGCUUCUGAAGCCUUCCUCUCGAACAAUAAAUACUUCAGUGUCGGCCAUACAUGGAGUCACCCAGAGUACAAGACUCUCGGCCAGCGCCGUUGCUUCCCCGAGCAGGAGAAGUUUCAGCCUCCUGGGAGGAAGCAAAGUCCUGGAGAAGAGCACCGUUCAAACCCCGAGACAAGCUGUUCGGGUGUUUGAUGAAGAGGACAAUGACGUCACUCCUCAGCCACUGUACCAGGCGGAGGCAGGAGCCCUGCAGGCCAAAGCCGGCAGGUUCUUUCUAGAUGAGAUCUCUGCUGGAUCAACAUCAGAGCAGACAACAACCAGUGGGAGCUUCAGUAUGCCGUUCUCCAGGUCAAUAUUAGGUAGCAGCAGAAUAUCCAGCCAGUCUACCAUAGAGUCAGUAAAUGAGGAGAUUGAGGAUACGUUUUCCAAACGGGACAUACCCAUCAACUUCCCAGAUUUGCAUCGGAAAAGAAACAGUGUGAAAGAACAGGUGACAGAUAACAUGUUAAAAGCGGUCAUAGAUGUCUACAUCUCUGAGACAGACAGCAUUUCACUGCUGGACAUACCCAGCACCUUUGUGUCAGUGGAUGCUUAUAACGCAGAAGCUAUCAUAGAGCGAAACAAUCAGUAUGCCAAGGUUUGCAGGAACAGAAUGGGCAAUGAUAAGUAUACUGAUCGAGCAAUGCAGACAUUGAAUGCAGUGACUAAAAACAAACAAGUCCCGAGUGACAGCAUGGUCAUGGUGGAUGCAGCCACCACUGUUACCACCUGGGACAUGUAUGAUACUUCAUGCAGCUCUGAGCAGGAUAAAACAGUGUGUAGCCCUGAACCAGAGAAGGCUGAGUAUCCAGAGGCUGUGAUGGACACCAGCAGAGGUGCAGAGAGGAGCCUGUCAGUGGGCAGCACCACCAGCACAGGCAGUGCUGCAAGCUCACUGAAAGACAUGGAAGUGUUUGGGAACAGUUUAAAUGCUGAGACAGACCUGCAGCUCAUCAUGCACUCAGAGAAAUUUCAGCAUAGUCUAUUAGUUAUGGAGAGGAGCAUCCUGGGAAACACCUUGCAACCCAAGCUGGCUGCUUACAGGCAGCUGCCUGUACUAGAAGAUCCUGACAGUCCGAUGAAGCCUGGGGCUGAGAGGUGUAGACAGGAGGAUACAGAGAGCUCUCCGACUCCUGCCCUGGAGCGUCUCUGGACUUUCACCUGUGAGCUUAGCAAAGGACGCAGCGUCAGCAGCAUGGCCUGGAACACAAAGAACCCGGACCUCCUGGCUGUGGGCUAUGGCGAGUCUGAUUCACAGAAACCAGGACUGGUCUGCUGCUGGUCCCUCAAAAACCCCACGUGGCCUGAGCGUGUCAUCCACUGUGACAAUACUGUGACUUCUCUGGAUUUCUCAGCCAACAACCCAAGUCAGCUGGCUGUUGGGAUGCAAGAUGGCAGCAUUGCUAUCUACAGUGUGCAGAGUCAAGACAAGAACACACGUGUCAUUAGCAGCCGUGGGUGUCCCAACAAACACUUGGGUCCAGUGUGGCAGCUCAGGUGGACUCAACAAGAACUGAGCUUAACAGGAGAUGAAAAGGUAGAAGCUCUCUUUUCUGUGGCUGCAGACGGCAGGAUUAGCAAGUGGUUUGUCUGCAACAAUGGCCUCGAAUGCACAGACCUGAUGAAGCUCAAGAGGAUUCAUAAUACUAAGAAGAAGGCUGGAGGGACCAAAACAGAAAAGAAUACAGAAAGCAUUCUGUCAGCACUGACUCCUGGUCUGUGUUUUGACUUUCAUCCAACAGACUCCAGUAUCUAUCUGGCUGGUACAUGGGAAGGUCUCAUCCACAAGUGCUCCUGUUACAACAGUCAGCAGUUUCUGGAGACUUACAGGAAACACUAUUGUCCUGUCAACUCCCUCGCAUGGUGUCCACUCAGUCCUGAUGUGUUCCUGAGCUGCUCCUCUGACUGGACCAUUCAGCUGUGGAAGCAGGAUCACUUUAGCCCCGUGUUAAGUCUCGUCUCCGCCCAGAGAGCCGUGUGUGACAUCAAGUGGUCCCCAAAGUGGGCCACAGUAUUCGGGGCUGUUAAUGAGGGACAGCUGGAGAUUUGGGAUCUGAAUUCAAGCAUCCUAGACCCCAUUAUUGUGCAGCCUGCUACCCCCGGUGUGACGAUGAAGUCCCUGCUGUUUGCCACACAGACAAACUGUGUCCUAGUAGGGGACAGUGAUGGACAAGUGACCGUCUACCAGCUCAAGAACCUAAGUUUGGGAGAGAGCAGCCAGGUGGAUAUUCUGGAAAGCAUCAUCUGCUCUGCAAUAUCCAGAUUAACCUGAUGCGCCAAAUGGUUUGUUACACAAAACCAUUUGAGAAGUUGUCCUUGGAAACUCUUCGGAAAAGGGCAGGCACUUUCAAAAAAUACUUGGCAGGAGAUUGGAUGUACCAUCUGUCUAUCACGAUUUUACCUUGUGAGGCAGCUGUAUUGGCGAGAUCACAAGAUCACGCGAGAAUCCUCAUAGGACACUGAUUUGUCUGAUCUACAGGUGGUUCAGACACAAGCACAUAACUUGAAGCCUGACAAGAUGGAUUCUCAUGUGAAAUAUACAAAUACACAUAAACACACUGUGAAAAAGUUUUAGGUGCUUUAGAUAUUUAGAUUCUUAUCCAUCAUGUUUGUGAUGAUAUAUCCUAACUUCCUCUGCUUGUUCACAUGGGAGCCAAAGCAGCACAUACACAUAAUAAUGUUGUUGAGAUUGCAUACAGGAACAGAACCCCUUAUUGUCUUAACUUGAACACCCUUUAAAUGUGUCUUGUGAGAUUAAAAUUGUAGUGAAUAAUGGGGGAGGGGGGAAAUUUAAGGGUAAAACACCUUAAUUUGAUCGUUGACAUAGCAAAAUCAAGCCCCUACAUUCAUGAAUACAGCAUUUUAGGGUCUUUUCAGGGAAUGUUUAUCUACUACAAAUAUACAUUUGACAUUUAGUCUUGCAUACCAGUUCAGUCUUUGUUUUUAUGUUGACAAGUGUCACGGGGACAACACCAAAAACGUUCUGUUGUUUCAUCCCUAAACUUCUUGUUGUCAAAUACAUCAAUAAUUUAACAGGAAGUCAAAAAUGGCAGCCACUUCAUGAAUCGAGUUUUUUAAUGACUUAACAUUGUAACCUCAAGCUCCUGGAUAUGUUGUUUCUUUUGUAGGAAAAAUGAUUAUAAGACCUUGAGUAUGAAAGCAGAAACUGACGGCUAUCACAUGCGUCAAUUCUACUGUUAUGUGUGCUUAAUAAAGGGUAAUGUGAAUCA